ACAAUAUAUAGAGAGUACACAUAUGCGUAUAUAUGCAUAUACGGGCGAAGCAAAAAUUAUAUAUUUACUAUGCAUAUAUAUGUAUACAUUCAUAGUUUAUAAUAACUUUUCAUAAAUACCUUUACUACAUGCAGACACAACAUAAACUCAACUCAAUUCAACUUGAACGCAAAGAUCGAGCUAAACAAAACGUAAACAGAAAUACAUGCAAAAACCUAAUAUAUAUAACUUCGGCAUGUCGAAGUUUAAAUACUCUUGCAGAGCGAAGGAAGCUUCUUUGAAAAUAUUUCAACAAAUCGAAUAACUAAAACAAAGAACUCACUCUGCAACCGUAUGAAAAAUGUAAAGCAAAGUAGUACUGACAAUUUUUAAACUUAUAUUUUAUUAGCAGCUCCUUUAAUACAUAUAUAAAAAAAAACUUAUAUACUAUAUAUAUUAUGCAAUAAGAGUGAGAGACAUCUACUAACUAAAUUAACAGCAUUCACACAGACAAAAUACGCCGACCCUUUCUAUGAUGUAUAUAACUACUUGUGUAAUGCCACAGCGAUCUUUUAAGUUGUAUUAUUUUUUGCCCCGCCCACCAUGCCACACCCACAAGACACACCCAACGCUAUGAAAACCGUGAAAUAUCUUUAUUUGUUAUUGUUGUUGCAAUUGAAUAAAAAAUAUUGAUGGAAUCAUGAAAUGAUGUUAAAUAAUAAAAUCCUGAAUAAACUGAAUAAGCAGAAUAUUUUUUUACAUACGAGAACUUGAACAAGAUGAUGAAUGAUAAAAGUACCUUUUGUUUACAUGUUGUUUAAUUUGUUAUUAAUUUAUUGAUCCUACGAGUAGUUCAAAUUGUAUCAGUUGAAAACAAAAAAAAAGAAACAGAAACCAAAACGAAAACAAUCAACAGUUAAAAAAAUUCGACUUUUCGACUUUGCUAAUAUACUAUAUUAAUACUAACUAAAAACCAAAUGUUUAAAACAAUUUACAUACAAAUUAUAUAUUGCAUACUAAUAAAACAAAGCAUAAACAUUAUGAAUUUAUAGGCAAAAACUCUUCCUACAAAUCCCAGCAAUAAAUAAUAAUUCUCAAUACCAAAACGAAGAAAAAACUAAAAGAAUUUUGAAUUUUCAUAAAAUAAAAAGAAAACUGAAAAGAAAUAUACAACAAAUUAUAAACAAAAUGGAAUAAAACAAAUGUCUUUGAAUCCUUUUUCAAAAUUUGAUCGUAUUUUAUUAAAAUUUCUUUUUUAAAUCCUUUUAAAAUACAGAGUUAAGCGGUUUAUCGAUGAGACUACUGGCAUGUAUGUUGCUCCUGAUGCUGCUGCAACUUUGCAGCGCUUACAAUUAUUGCCACAACUCGACGCAUCUUUGUGAUUUGGUUGGUGAGAAGCACUUCAUCUGCGAGAAGCAUCAACCGUAUUUGAACAAGACCAAGUAUGUGGGCACCAUUCCGAAUACGCUACGUCUGCGUAAGAUUAUCCUCUCGUAUUACAAUAAAUAUCGCAAUGAAGUCGCUAGUGGCACUCUGAUUACGUUGUACAACAAGACCUUUCCGCCGGCUUGUCGGAUGCGUGAAUUGAUCUGGGAUGUGGAACUCGCUUACACGGCGCGAUUACACGCCGAAACGGUGUCUUUUAAGCACUCGCUGUGUCGAUCUGUUUUGCGGUUCCCUUACGCAGGCGAGUGCAUUGGCAUCGUGCGACCAAUUUCAAAGCGUAGAAGCAUUAAAAAUAUUAUGGAUAAAACAAUCAGGUUUAUGUUUGAGACAUAUUUCAGGGUCGAGGAUCCGGAGCAGCUAAUUAGUUUUUUUCGCGUGCCACAAGACUUGCAUUUGAGCCCAUUUACAAUUCUUAUCAGCGAUCGCGUUUCUCGCGUGGGUUGUGCCAUUGUGGUUGCUACUGAUUGCAUGCUCAACUAUAAAUCCGGGUAUUGCUAUCUUAUAACCUGCCACUUCGAUUUUAUUAUGGUGUCUAAAUCCUUUACUUAUAAGACGGGAGAGCCAACCAGCAACUGUUCGGACUGGGAAUCAAGACCCAGUAAUUCCUUUAGAAAUCUUUGUCGCAACACCGGCAAAAUAUUUCCCGUAGAACGCAAAUGAAAACUGAAUCUCAAACAAUUUUAUAUUUUUUGAAUAUUUUUAAGUUUUUAAUAAAAAUUAAUUUUUUGGUUCUUUAA